CCCUGUUGGGAAGGUAAAACCUAAUGUCCUACUUUUUGAUUUCUAACUUCUCUAAUACACAAUGGAUGUCUUUAGAAAAUAGCAACGAAAGCUUUAAUGCUACCGUUUGGAAUUUGGCUCCAGAAUCUUAUUCAAGCGGCAAAAAAGUCUUGAAAAUAGCGACUGAUAUUGCUGUGUGCAAUUUUAAUGAUGGCCUGACAAACAUUCUCCGAAUUAUGAAAGCUUUGAAGAUGGAUAUUGGUGUCCAAUCAUACAAUUUUUGUCUGGAAGCCGACGCUGAGCGGAUCAACCACGCCGAGCGCUCUUCGACAGAUGCGGCAAAAGUGGCACGCUCUACCUUACAAUCUUCGAGGAAAGAGAAUGAGGAAGAAUAUUUAAACAUGGAAGGACAGCUUUAUGUUCCUGGGAUAGCAGAUUAA